AUCCUUUCUCUUCACUCCAUUUCCAUCACUCACAUCUCUCUCCGCCCAUUCUAUUCCCUCUGUUACUCUUCUCCUCGACCACAUCGACCACUCGACUGGACAUGUCCCCCACUCCCUCCCGAUAACAUCCAUUCCCACGCCCAAUGUCCGACCCGCACCUGCGCCUCGACACGGGCGUGUCGGCGUCCAGUGGGCCUUCCCCAAUCUCACACUUCUCAAACCAUGGGCUCCCCAACACAUUGUCCAACCUUACCACCUUUCCUAACCCCUUCCAAGACGAGCCCGAGACCGGUCUGCUCCCCUCCCUCCUCUCCAAGGUCAAGAGCACUUUCUCGUCCGCGCCACCACGGGACACCAAGGACGCUGCGACACCGGCCCAGCCGGCUCAGAGUGCAGCUCAGCUCAUCGCCGAGGCAACGCGGAAACAACAUGCCGCCCAGGCCCAGGCCCAGGCAGCAGCUGUAGCGCAGGUUCAAGGCUCUCAGGCCGCCGCGCCUGCGGUGACCCCGACGUCGCACGCGUCUGCUGUCUCCGUGCCCAACGUGUCGUCGCGGCGGGGGACUGGCCAGCUUUCAAUCGGACCAUCUGGCGACACCUCUCCGUCAUCAGUUCUCUCGCCCACUGCGCCUUCGCUCAAUGUCACGUCCCUCCCUCUCCCUCCUCGUGCUCAGCACAGCCACCAGAGCUCGGCCGCGUCUGCCUCGCAGCUAUCUAGCGCGGCUGCCAGCGUAGCCAGCUCCAAUUCCCAGCCUCAGCAGCGUCGUCACCUUGUUCCCGGUGAGAGAAACUGGCGUCCCGCGGCCGCGAGCGCGCAGGUCACCGUCUCACCGGUGACCAGCGUCACUACCACUGCACCGCGUAUCAGCGAGGACAGCAUGCCGCCGCCGCCUCGCCUCAUGAAUGUGACGCCAACGGUGGAGGUCACCAACGCCAAAGGCAAACCAAUAUCCGGCAGCGCCGCGCUCGGUGGAGGAAGGUUACGCCGUGGCUCAAUCGGCACCAUUCCAGACUCGCCGAGCAGCGUGUCAUUGUCAGCGAUGAUCUCAGGCAACGCCGAGCUCAGUCAGAACAACAACUAUUCUUUCGUGCCAGGCUUCCAGCUUCCCGCCGAGGACACGCGCAGUAUUCGCUCGUUGGCUCUGGCUAAGCGGCCGCACUCCGUCUCCAAGAUCAUUCGUCGCAUGCGUGGCGAAGGCUUGAGCAAGCACUACUGGAUGGCAGACGAGAACUGCAAGGAAUGCUACGACUGCAAGUCGGUAUUUACCACUUGGCGCCGAAAGCACCACUGCCGUAUCUGCGGUCAGAUCUUCUGCGGCCGGUGCGCAUCCAACAUCAUUGGUGCGCGGCGCUUCGGUCAGGACGGCAUGGUGCGCGUGUGCAACUUAUGUCUCAAGAUCAUGGAGGACUACGAUGACGACGAUGACCGGCGUAGCAUCAACUCGACAAUGUCGGGGCUCGCCGGGCUCCCAGAUCGCGUUAUCUCCUCGGAGAUAGCGUACUCUCAGUCACCAUUUGCCGCGAGCCAGCUGUUCCGCAGCACCAACGACUCAUUAUCCGCGAUCGAGGAGGCUGUUCAUCAGCCGUACGAUGAGGACUCGGAUAUGUCGGACCAGGAGGAAACCACGGGUAGCCGGUGGGGUUUGUGGCCCUCCAUUGCGGCGCCCUUCCGUCGGCAUGGCGACGACAACUCGGACGACCAAGGACACGAGAGCAAUACACACAGUGAACUUGCUUCCGAGGCUCCUUCACCCCGGCCGGGGAGCGCUGGCGCCAACCACGUGAGGCCGAUGAUCGACUACCCGCUCGACACUCGUCCGCGCGUAGGCUUCCCUCGCACCGACACUAUCGAGUCCGAAGAGGGCAUGCCCAUCAUCAAUGUGCCGCUCAACUUCCCCGGGCUGAGAACGCGCUUGAGCUCGGCGGCCAGCUUGCGGGGUGGAGCCAACAACGGAUUGAGCGCGCUGUUGGAUACUGACCGCAAAGACGGGCUUUGGAGAGCGCGCUCGUACUCAUUCGUCACGCCACCAGAGUUUCUCACUGGUCCAUCGCUUGCGCAUUUCAACACGAUGCUGCAGCAGUCCAUUGAGCGGCAUGAGCUGCCAAAUCCGGAGACGUGGCACCGCGUGCUCAGCAAACUCUUGCUUCGCGUGUCGACCAACCUUCGGCCGGUCGUUCGAGCCGGCGACUCCAUCGACAUCCGCACUUACGUCAAGAUCAAGAAGGUGCCUGGCGGCAAGAUCACUGACUCGGAGUAUGUUGACGGCAUCGUAAUAACCAAAAACGUUGCGCACAAAGGCAUGUCGCGUCGACUUGUCAACCCGCGCAUCAUGGUCAUCACCUUUCCGCUUGACUAUCAUCGCGUCGAGACGCAAUUUAUGUCCCUCGACCCCAUCCUCAAGCAGGAGAACGACUAUCUGCGGCUGCUGACAAAUCGCAUUAUUGACCUUCGUCCGCACAUUGUCCUCGUCGAGCGAUUCGUCUCGCGCAUCGCCCUCGACUUCCUUUACAAAGCCAACAUUGUCGUGGCGCGUGGCGUAAAGUUCAGCGCCAUUCACCAGGUUGCACGGUGCACGCAUGCGGACAUCAUUGGCUCGAUGGACAAGCUUGCAUUGGAGCCUCGUUUGGGCCGCUGCGCCGAUUUCAAAGUCCAGACCUUCGAGCACGACCUUAUUCCUGGCAGGCGCAAGACGUACAUGCGCUUCGAGGGCACGCACAACGGCUUUGGCGGCACCAUUAUUCUACGUGGCGGCACUCUUUCCACCCUCCGUCGAGUCAAGCUUAUCGCUGACUUCCUCGCGCUGGUCGCAUAUCACCUCAAGAACGAGACAUUUCUGUACGGCGACGAGUUCCAGAUGCUUCCGCCACAUCCUCCCAUGCCGGAAGAAUACCGUGACCUGCUGCGGUUACUGGCCAAUAAGCGAUCAACCCCGAAAUCGGUGUAUGGGCGUGGCGCGAGCUCACCACUGGCGCGCUCACCCGUGUCUCCCGACUCAGAGCUCACGCCUCGAGCGGCCGCGCGCGACCCCUCUGACCCAAAGCAGAUCGAAAAGGAGAACGCACUGCAGGUAACGCGCGAGAUCGCCGAGAGCCUGGAGCCUUACCUCACGACUGUGCUCAGCGCCUCGGUGGCCGUGCGUUUCCCCCCUCCGCAUGUCCUUGCCAAGAUGGCUGCCUUGGAUCGCAAGCUGAACUACCUGCGCCUGAAGAAGGACGAGCGUGAAGCUGCCAAGAUCCUGGAAGAGGAGAAGCGGGCGGAGCCUCCCAAGUACGAGCCGAUCAAGAUAGUCGUCGAGUCUGAGGAGGAUGUCGCGAGGAAGGAUGCCGCGAAGAAGGAGGUGGAAAAAGCCAAGGACGUCGAGAAGCAGGAAGUGGACAAGGCGCCAGAUGUCAAGAGCGCUGAGCAGGACAAGGGCGCCAGUGCUGAGAAAGACGCCGAGAAACCCACGGCGGAGGUGCAGCCGUCGUCGAGGGAGGACGGCAAUGCUGAGGUCAAGGUUGAGCCAACGCUAGCCGGCAAGUCUGAGACGGACAUCGUAGACGACGCCAUGUCCAUCAAGUCUGCACCUCUCCCGAAGACGGACGGCGAAUCAUCUGCGUCUUCCGCCGCCAACUCGGGCUUUACUUCACCCGUUGCCGCACCAACUGCAACAUUACCUUCUUCUGCCUCUCUCCCAGUCCUGGUGCCGCCCACACCGGCGCCCACUCCAGCCCCAAAUGCACCUGCACAAGCUCCUGCGUUGACGCCCGCACCACCAGCUGUGGCAGGCAGUAAGGGUGGCGAUCCAUACCGCAUCCUGCUCAACCCUGAGGACUUCGUCGACGCCAGCACCCUCGCUUUCGUCGAGUACGACCACGACGAGCAGUACAAGCUUUGGAAGCACUACGUGAGACGCAAUCCCGGCCCACUCCACCCCAAGAACUUCCAGGGUAUCAUUUACCUGCAAGCUCUGUAUCGCCAGGGCCAAGACAAGCCAUGCGUCGAGCCUGCGCGCCAGGAAAUCAAUUUCUACCAGGAGGAUGACCAGACGCUUGGCCAAUUCCUUGGCUCGAUGGUCGCAAACGCAGUCCAUCGCUGUCCCAACCCCACGUGUGAUCUGCUCAUGCUCUUCCACUACGACGUACUAGUCCACGCGGAGCGACGUCUGCAGAUCGCCAUGGAGCACUUCUCCUGUCCAUUACCUGGGCACGAGGAGCAGAUCCUGACUUGGAGCUACUGUCGGCAGUGUAACCGAUCAUGGGAGCCUACCGUCAUCCGCGAGGAGACGUGGCGCAUGAGCUGGGGUGCUUACCUUGAGCACUGCUUCUACCCGCCCGAAACGCGCACUGGGUUCGGCUGCGCGCACGACGCCUACCGCGAGCAUAUCCGCUACUUUGCGCAUCACAACACGGUUGUGCGGAUCCACAAUGACGAGAUCGAACUGUAUGAGCCCGUCAGACCUCCGAUCAAGAUCAUUUGGAAUGUUGAGGACAAGGUGGCUCUCAAGAACGCCGAGUACGAGAGUGCGCUGGCCAAGACUGCGGCGUUCUUCGACUCGGUGAUGCACCGCCUGCGAAGCUUCACGGACGAUCUUGUCGAGCCGGAUAAGCAGGCGCGCAUGCGUGCUGACCGCGAUGCGCUCCUCACGCGUGCGGUCGCAGAUCGUGACGAGAUGGUCAACUCUCUCAAGCUUACAUACAAGCAGACGCCACCGACUGAUGUGCUUGCGAUCAACGUCGUUCUGCAGGCCCUCCAGGACAAGGUCAUCCAGUGGGAUCUCGACUUCCUGGACGUCGAGAAGCUGUACAUGCCCUCCGAGAAGGAUCUGCGGAGAAUGACCGCGACCCACUUGAAGCGCCUCUUUGCGACUCACGAUGUCUUCAGCUCACUUGACAAGAAUGUCGCCAGCAUGGCUGUGCCGGAAGUAGACGAGCACGAGAAGGUGACAGAUCCUGACUCGUCGAAGCCGCCCUCGAUUGCGCCAACGCUCGAGCCCGAGAGCGGCACUGCGACCCCGUCUAUUCUCGAGUCGGAAGCUGGGCCCAGCCCUGACAAGGUCAGCGAGCUGGAAAGCGCCGACGGCAGCACGGUGGACUUGUCGGAGCCAUCUGAGGAGAAGGUCAGUGGCAGUGCUGCCACCUCGAGCGACACCGUGACGCCGACGCCAACGGUGUCGCGCGCUACUGGCCCACCGAUGCUCGCCCCUCCUGAGACUCCCGAGCUCGAACUCCCAGAGACGCCGCGCGACUACGAGAGCGACUCAACCAUAUCCGCCGCGCCGCGCCCAAUCUCCAUGCCUGCUCAGCCGUUUACGCCGUCUGCUGACCUGGCGUCGAGUGGAGUUGACAGCGACACUCACGCGUUCAUCUCGCGCCUGCCAGUGCGACGAAAUCGUCCCUCGCCGAGCGUAGCAGAUCUCGUCAAGCGCUUCCAGGACACCGCACCCGGGCGCAGCGGGGCGUCUACACCGACACUAGAGAGGCCCCGUUCGGCUGCUGGCGUUCACCGUCGGAUGCGGCAUGAGCCCACUGACGUCUCGGACAGCGAUGUAGGACAGCCGCUCAGACCUUACCUGCGGCGCAACAGAACGAGCGAGCAGACGGUCAUGCAGCGCACAUCCUCGCGGUCCAACCUGUUCUCCGAUGGUGACCGCAGCUACGCCGUCAACGCGAGCCGCGUGUUGUCGAAGCGGCACAACACGGAUCCCGCGUCGUCUGGAGGGCGGGGCAGAUCGUCACGUGCUCCCUCGCCGAAUCGCAGCCGCUCUCGAGCUCCGUCUCCGUCCGCGCGCAAGGAUGGGCGUCUCGCCGCCCCGUCCGUCCCUAUAUCUAAAAGCGUAAGCAUGGACGGGAAGCCUCGGCUUGUGGGCAAGGGCAAGAUGCCGCGCAAGCCGUCGCUACCGAUUGCGCCGCAAGCGUCGCCGGGAGGAAACCUCAUGCGAGGCAUCCCGCGCCGCGUGAUGGGAGCAGGGACUCGCGUCACGUCCAUUGCGAGACACUUCGACAAAAUCAGUCGCGACGCUGAACGGGAUAGAGCCAAGCGCAUCAGCUUGGCGCGUGGAAAGCGUGCUGGCCGCGUCGGUGUCACUAAGGCCCGUGUACAAGUGUUCAACAAUGUCCGCGACGCGUUCAAGGAUGAGUUUGACUCGGACUCGUCUGCCGCCGACAAUGAGGAGGAAGCCGACCUGAGCGAUGUAAGCGUCGACUCGACCGGUCGCGCCAAGCCACGCCGUAAGCAGAGUUCGCCCGCCAAGCCGCGUCCAGCGCUACUGCCACCGCAUGCCCAAGUCGCGCCGACGCCCCCGCCGAAGAAGCGUCUGGACGAUGAGGAGACCGAAGCUGAGGCUGAGACGUCCACUCCUAAGCCUCACGUGCCAGAGGCCGGCCCAUCGACUUUCGAGUCCGAGGUCUACCCUGAGACCGACGACGCUGGGGCAAGCAAGAUUGCCAGCGACCGCCUACACAUCGAGCUUGCACCGUUUGAUACGGCGGCUCCACUGCCCAGCAUCCCUGCUACGCCCGCUGGCCUGAUAACCGAAGACGAGGCGGGUAAGAAGGGUUUGAGCCAGAUGUCUCAGAUCAGUGAGAGCGAGAUGUCGUCUGGCGGAGGCGAACGCUCGAGCAUUCUCAAGACUUUGACAGGUCUCUGGGCCAUCCGUGCUGGCGACUUCACGCCGCUCGACUACCCGCUCAGCGCGGCGGAACACAUCUUCGUCGACUCGCGCGUGAUUGUGCGCGAGCAUGAACCGACGUCUAUCAUCGCGUUUACUCUCUGCUCGAAGCAGUACAGAGAGCAGAUCCGCUCUGUGGCAGCAGCAUCCAAAGCGCGUGCGGCGCGUGCUGAGCGCGCUCAGCACUCGACCCUCCCCUCUGAACCGAGUAUGCUGGAGGAGGUUGGCAACGAGCGACCAUGGGAUAUAAUAAGCGUCGACGAACUCGACGAGCCUUCCCUAUCUGGCGCGGGCACACACCUGAAGUACGAGUUUGAGGCUGGAUCCUCGACGAUCUCGUGCCGAAUCUUCUUCGCCGAGCAGUUUGCGGCUCUGCGCCAGGCCGUGCAGUGUGAGGACGGAUUCAUCGAGAGCCUGGCGCGAUGCGCCAAGUUCGACGCCAGCGGCGGCAAGUCGGGCAGCGCGUUCCUCAAGACGAAGGACGACCGGUUCAUCGUCAAGGAAAUCUCGCGGUACGAGAUGGAUGCGCUGACCAAAUUCGCGCCCGCGUACUUUGAGUACACGAGCACCGCGUUCGAGCGGCAGCGCCCGACGGCGCUCGCGAAGACGUACGGCAUUUUCAAGAUCGGGUACCGCAAUGGCGUGACGGGGCGGAGCAUGCACAUGAACGUGCUGGUGCAGGAGAACCUGUUCUACGGGCGCCACUUCAGCAAGAUCUACGAUCUGAAGGGCAGCACACGCAACCGGCUGAUCAAGCCGACGGGCCGCGCCAACGAGGUGCUCCUCGACGAGAACCUCAUGGAGAUCUCGUACACGGCGCCCUUGUAUCUCCGGGACCACGCCAAGCUCAUCCUCCGCACGGCGCUGUGGAACGACACGCUCUUCCUCUCCAACCUCAAUGUCAUGGACUAUUCGCUUGUUGUCGGCGUCGACGCGGAGAACAAGGAGCUCGUCGUCGGCGUCGUCGACUACAUCCGCACAUUCACUUGGGACAAGAAGGUCGAGUCGUGGGUCAAGGACUUUGGUGGCGGCGGGCGCGGCGAGCCCACCAUCGUCACGCCGCUGCAGUACCGCAAGCGCUUCCGCACCGCCAUGGAGAGAUUCUACUUCCCUUCCGUGCCGGACCGGUGGAGCCACGUCAUUGCCGACGAACCGCUGGAUGAGGAGAGCGCGACGCUGUUGAACAUGUAAGAGGAAUUGUGGUCUUGUAGAAGGGGAGGCAGAAUAGAAGCAAAUAGAGGCCCGAGGGCGCAUCCGACAUCAUUGCUAUAGUUGUACAACUGUGUGUCUAUGAGAAACCAAUGUCAUGCCUA